UCCGCCCCCGUUGAUCCACGGGGCUGAAGGAGAGCACGGUUCUAUCGAUGGCAUACUUGCGACUGGCAGGCAUACAAGACGAGAAUUCGCCCGAGAGCUCGUGUGGUCGCGUUCUUGGGUCACCCUUUUGACUAAUUUCGUAAUUUCCACGUCCGAUAGUCGGUCGUUGCUGCCAUGUGGAAUCUUCUUUCCUUCUCCUACGCACUGUGCGUUGGUGCACUUGUCGCGGCGGACUUCACACAACCCGACUCCUCACUGGCAGACUUCGUCCAACAAGGGCACAUCGGCGAUACAAUCGACAUAGCUUGGAACGCGGGGUGGAACUGGGGAAAGGGCGCGCAGCCAAACGUGGCGGAUCUCUUCAUCAUGUGGUCUGAUCGUCCGACAGCGUUCUCGCAGUUGGUUCACGCAAAUGUCAACUUAUCCACAAGCGGAAGCUACUCAUGGAUCGUCGACGUUCCGAACGACAAAAUCGCUGCAACGCCAAAGUUCGUGUUCAGGUUCAGCCAGCAUACUGAGGAAGGGGUGUUCGAUAUCGAUCUGCCGAGGAUGCCGAGUAGAGCGUUUUUACUGGUUCAGAAGGCUUCGACUUCUUCUCCUUCUACAUCAUCCUCUUUGUCAAUAACGACAAAGGCGACGGUGUCAAGCGAGGCAUCGCAAACAACGCCGGUGUCCAGAUCGAACCCUGACCAGUCGAACAACGCAGAACCCUCCGGAAUUGCUGCCGCAGAGAAAAAGACGAGCACUGCGGCGAUUGCGGCGGGCGUGCUAGGUAGCCUGGUAGGAAUAGCAUUGGUCCUCGGCGGCGUGCUGUUAUUACUACGGCAAGCGAGGAAGAGGAGAGAAGCAAAGAGCGCAGAAAGGCGUGCAGAACUAGAGGGCAUCAAAGGGCAAGAUGUGUACUCUUAUUACUAUGCGCAAGAGCUACCGGGUGCGCCGCCGUCGGAGCUGCCUGGGGAUAGACAUGGGCAGUCGAGAGAGCUAGAUGGGUCGACGCCUAGGGAUUGGCAUUGAGAUCAGAGAGGCGGAGCUUGGAAGAGCACAUGAGAGUUAUCAUAGUAAGAGGUUUGGGAAAGAAGCACGACAUUUCGAUUAUGCGUGCGCUUGACAUUGAAGUACACCUAACUUGACUCCUCCAUGGCGACUCUACACGAUCCAUAAGCCGAGACAGCCGGAUCCACAAACGACCAUGCUAACCUUUAUCCGGACAUGCUCUCCACGC